AUGGCCCUGGAGGCGGACGGCGACAGGGGUUCAUCAAGAAGGGCUCAUGAAAAAUAUCCCCGGGCGGCGCUGGAGCGCAACGGCUACGUGAAGACAUGUGUCACCCCGCUGUACCAGGACGCAGGGAGCCAGUCGUGGCUGAGACUCGCCGUGACAUGGACUUGCCGAGGAGUGUCGUCUGCGGUCUACGUCGCCUCCGUCUCCGUUAUUCUCGCUCUGCUGCUCAGAUUGGUCGACUGGGAUGCAGGCUGCAGCAGCAGCAGCAGCAGCGGAAAUAGCAGCGGCUCCGGCUCUCGUCUUCAUUUCGCGGCGGACUGCGCUGUGGAGCUGAUUUUCACUGCGUGUUACUGCGUCUCCCCCGUUUUUACACUCGUAUGUGCCUUCUUCUGGGUCGGGCUGUAUCUUAUUCGCUGCGGGGUGCUCAUCCGUACCGCGGUUUUCUUGUUAGCGGUGUGCCACUUGGGCGAAGCCGCGGCGCAGUCCCUCCUGCGCGGCGCCGAGGAGCAGCUGCUGUCUCUCCCCGCAACCCUGGUAGUCCUCGGCUGCCUGGGCAGCGGGGCUCUGCUGGUCGUCCGGCUGCGUCAGGGAGUGUCCAUCCUCGUCUUCAUUAGCGUCAUCAGGGCCGUCUCCCUCGUCUCUCUGAGCAGAGUCCGGGCCAGCUGGAGACCCUACCUGGCCUACCUGCUGGGGCUGCUGGGGGUUUUGCUUGCGAGGUAUGCUGACCGGCUCCUGCCGGCCUCAGGGACCAGCGGGACGGGGUGCUGUGGCUCUGUGACCGGGGCGAAGGAGGAGGACAUCCCUGUCUUCAAAAGGAGACGGAGGUCCAGCUCCAUAGCGGCCUCGGAAAUGAUGGCUCACAGUCAGAGCAACAGCAAGUCCCACCGCAGGACUUCGCUGCCCUGCAUUCCGCGGGACCAGAUUAUGUGCCAGCCAGAAUGGGACUACAAGAGAGCUCUGAGCAGAUCCAAGUUUUCGGGGACCAGCGUGGUGGUGGACAUCGCAGUGAUGGGGGAGGCCCACGGUUUGAUCUCAGACCUGCUGGCGGACCCCUCGCUGCCCCCUAACACCUGCAGCUCUCUGAAGGCCGUCAGCAACCUCCUCAGCACCCAGAUCAGCCUCCAGCCGCUCCACCGGCCUCGCGUCCCUGCAGACACACACACAUGCUCUGACUCUGAGGAGGGGCCCGAAAAGGCAGAGAGACUGGCCAUCCCAAAGCGUCUAAGACGGAGCCUGCCCCCGGGAUUGCUUCGGAGAAUCUCAUCAACUUGGACCACCACCACCUCAGCUACGGGGCUGCCCACCAUCGAGCCUGGCCCUGUACGCCGAGACCGCUCAGCCAGCAUCAAACACACGGCAGACAGCGAAUCGUGGAACAACUCGCUGAUGAUGACCAUCUCAAAGAGUCGCUCCAUGUCUGCCUCCUGUGCUGCCUCCAACCACCUCUUCAGCAAACCACUAGGAAGACCAGGUUUCCCCCCCUCCAACGUGUCACCUCUGGGCUCUCCGUGCCCAUCUCCUCCUGUCCAGGGCACUCCUGCCCCCAGCCCCACUACAAAGACAUGUUCGGUGCAGCUUCCUGAGCCGGCUGGGCCCCUGACAGAGCGGACCCCUGGCUCUGUGGCCCCCAAGAGCCACCACAGAGCCUUAACUCACAGCCAGAGCGCCCCGAGCUCCACCACCCCUCACUGGCGGCCUCCGUCACUCUGCAGCAGCUGUGGCAGGCCGUUCAACAAUCGACUAAACCACAGGGUAGAGUCUGUCGACAAAGGAGACAGGAUACCCCAUCCAGAUGAGCGCGCCGUAGCCUCUUCAGACUAUGACAGCACCUAUGACAGCACCUACGAGACCAACCACAGUGACAGCAGCGACUUUGCACAGAAUGAAGAGGAGGGAGAGGGAGGCAAGAAGCCGCCUGAGGCGAGGGAAGGUUGCAGGGAGUAUCUGGCAGAGGGCAUCGUUCUGCACCCGCUCCUGCCAUCACCAGAGGAAAAGCCAAUCUUGGCCAUGGAGCCUCUGGUGAUGCCGGGGCUGGAGCCUCUGAUGAGCCAGCUCAACAAUUGGAACUUUCCCAUUUUCAGCCUGGUGGAGAAGACCCAAAGCAAGACGGGCUGCAUCCUCAGUCAGGUUUCCUUUAGGCUCUUCGAGGACACAGGUCUAUUUGAGACCUUCAGAAUUCCCGUACAAGAGUUCAUGAACUACUUCCACGCUCUGGAGAACGGAUACAGGGUCAUCCCUUAUCACAACCGGAUCCAUGCCACUGAUGUGCUGCAUGCUGUGUGGUAUCUCACCACUCAGCCUGUGCCAGGCCUGCCCAGCCUGCUGACUGAGAAUGGGAUACACACUGACUCAGAAAACGGCAUCACGCCCGGUGCCACAGGCUUCCUGGUGUCCAAGAUGAACUCUGUGGUGGAGGAAGGGUAUGGCUCCCUGGCUGGCCUUAUCCCUGCUCUGGAGCUCAUGGCCCUGUAUGUAGCUGCUGCCAUGCAUGACUAUGACCAUCCUGGAAGAACCAACGCCUUCCUCGUAGCUACCAGUGCACCACAGGCUCUUCUGUACAACGACCGUUCAGUCUUGGAAAAUCACCAUGCAGCUUCUGCGUGGAACCUCUUCAUGUCUCGACCUGAGUAUAACUUCCUGGUUAACCUUGAACAUGUGGAGUUCAAGCGCUUCCGCUUCCUAGUCAUUGAAGCCAUCCUGGCCACCGACCUCAAAAAGCACUUUGACUUCUUGGCAGAGUUUAAUGCAAAGGUGGGUGAUGACGGAGUGUCUGGUAUUGAUUGGUCAAACGAAAACGACCGAUUGCUGGUGUGCCAGAUGUGCAUCAAGCUGGCUGAUGUCAAUGGGCCUCUGAAGUGUAAAGAGCUUCACCUGCAGUGGACAGAGGGGAUCGUCAACGAGUUCUACGAACAGGGUGACGAAGAAGCGAGCCUGGGCCUUCCCAUCAGCCCGUUCAUGGACCGCUCCGCUCCGCAGCUCGCUAAACUACAGGAGUCGUUCAUCACUCACAUAGUGGGACCUCUAUGCUCUUCCUACAACUCUGCUGCUGUUAUGCCGGGACGCUGGGUUGACCCGCCUGAGGGAGAGACGGAGCCAGAGGAGGCGAAGGAAGGACAAGAUACAGAGGAGGAAGAGGAGGAUAUGGCCGAUGAGGACGCAUCAACGAGCUCUGACGCCUCUCAGCGGGGGCAAACCAAGAAGGCGAGCAGGAGGAAAGUGUUUUGCCAGAUCACACAGCAUCUUCUGGAGAACCACGAAAUGUGGAAAAGGGUCAUCGCUGUGGAAGCCCAGGAGGAGGCCCAGAAAGAGGAGGCAAACUGCAUCGGCGGCGAUCCAAUCACAGCCAUUCACGAGGAAGAGGAGGAGCAAGCGAGCAAAGAGGAGGAGUCGACUGACGGCCUCGAUGAAAGGGAAGAGGUGCCGGCUAUAGAGGAGGAGGAAAUCCUUCCACAAUCAGAGACUUCAGGGGAAAAAGAGGAGGAACCAGAGUGAUAUUAUGAACAUCCUCCUAAACCAGGAAUCUGAGCGUUGUCUAAAAAUGUUUGUUUCUUUCCUAACUAAACUCUUGAUAUGGUAGCCAGCACAUCACUUUGACACAACACUGUAGAAGAUGUUUUGGGUAAUAUGUGCCUAACAAAAACUGGGUUUGAGGACGGGGAUGAAGCAUGCCCAGUUCAUCUGAUGAGGAGAGAGAUGAGAUGAGCAAAAGAUGAAGUGACUGAGGAGCAGAGGAAGAAGAAGAGGGGACUGUUCUCGUUGUAGUGUUUGUCUUAGUCUGGAUCUGGUGCCCUGCCCUCCCCCAGGCUGCCCAUCCUGCACUAUAUGCCAACCACGCUGAUUCACAGAUUCACUCCACCAGUGAGUAAUACACUGUUGCAAGCCCCCGACCCCACCCCGCACCCCUUGUCGCUCCCAUGCUAUCAGCACACUGUGGAGCCGCCCGGCUGGUUGAGGAUGUGCAACAAGCCCCUUCUCCUUGAAGACAAUGGGAUGAAAGCCAGGGAAAAAGCUG